AUGACGCUCGUUGAAAAUAAAUGGCGUGAUGAUCGUGCAACGUUACGUUCGCGUGAUUCAUUUUGGAAUAGUGAUCGUUGGUAUCGUGAUUGGGAUGACUGGCCACCGAAUUGGCCUCGACCUGGUGAAUUUGUGCGACGUGGGAGAGAGAGAGAUGAUGAUGAUGAUGAUGAUGAUGAUGAUGAUGAUGAUGAUGAUGAUGAUGAUGGGGAGAUGAUUGGAGGUGAUUUGGUUAAAUUUGGCGAGGAAUAUUUUGAACUCUUUCAAGAUUUAUAA